CACACUCGUCCGUGAAUUUUGAUUGUUUCGGUCACGUGUACUUUUGUCACGUGCAAUCUGACUGACAAACGCAUCUGAGAGCAAUCGGAUGCUGUGGUGGGCCGCUGCUGCCGCAUGCCCUGCGAAGCCCUAGCUAUGCGGCAACAUCUGUGCGUUUAUUGCUGUUCUCGCGUAAAAUACCCCAGCGCGGAAGCAUCCUGAGCGCUGUGCGGCAUCGCUGAAGGAAACGGCAACGCCUUCAAAUCUGAAACUACGGCGACGAGGUCCCCCUGUGCGAUUAUUUCGUUUUUUCACGCCGUGCAUUGGGUCCCUCCAGUGAAGGAUGGCCGCAGUAAAUGACGGAGGUGACGGCGAUCAUGCCGCCAAGUCGGCGGUGCCUUUCGGCGAAGACACAGGCUUGAUCUACGAUGAACGCAUGGCAGAGCACCUCAGCCUGUGGGACAGCCAGCACCCAGAGCGGCCCGAACGGCUGACGGCUAGCUACCAGCGCUGCGUCGACUAUGGCUUGGUCGACCGCUGCUUCCGUAUACCCGCUCGCAUGGCUGAGGAAGCUGAUAUUCUGCCUUUGCACGAACCAGCACUCUUGGAGCAGCUGAAGAAUACGCACGGAGAAACGGAUGCCGAUGCUCUGGAGGCCCUGUGCACGCGCUUCGACUCGAUCUACAUUCACCCGAGGACGUACGAACUGGCGUUGCUCGCGGCGGGCUGCACCAAGGACCUUGUGACAGCUGUCGUCCAGGGAAAGGUACGAAAUGGUAUGGCCCUGGUUCGUCCACCUGGCCACCACGCCAUGCGCAACGAGUACUGCGGCUACUGUUUCUUCAACAAUGUGGCCCUGGCGGCGAAGCAUGCAGUCGACGACCUCCACCUGAAAAGAGUUCUGAUUGUGGACUGGGAUGUGCAUCACGGCCAAGCCACCCAGUACGCCUUCUACGAGGACCCCCGGGUUCUGUACUUCUCCGUGCACCGCUACGAACACGGUGAGUUCUGGCCCGAACUGCGAGAGUCGGACUUCCCUUAUGUGGGCAAGGGUGCUGGUGCAGGCUACAACAUAAACGUGCCCCUCAACCAGGUGGGCCUUGGGGAUGCCGACUACCUGGCCAUCUGGCACCAGUUGCUGCUUCCGGUGGCUUACGAGUUCCAGCCAGAGCUGGUGCUGGUCUCGGCUGGCUAUGACGCCGCUCUUGGAUGCCCCGAGGGUCUCAUGCGAUUGUCACCGGCCACCUACGCUCACCUAGUCCACCCGCUGAUGGCCCUGGCAGGAGGGCGUGUUUGUGUUGUGCUUGAGGGCGGUUACUGCAUACCAUCCCUGGCAGAAGGCGUGGCAAUGACCCUGCGCACUUUGUUGGGGGACCCCUGCCCAAGCCUGCCGCAACCAUUCGGCCACGUCAGUGACAGUGUGACAGAAACCCUGCUGAACUGCGUGUCGGUGCUGCGCCCCCACUGGAAGAGCCUCCGCAUCCAGGGCACGAGCGGCACGAAAGGAGCCGUUGCUGGGUCCUCGCAUCUGCCACGAUCCGAGUACCGGGGGCAGCUGGGCGUGCACCGCCCCGAGAAGUUCCCCACACGCAGUGGCUACUACGAGCACCCACCAGAGGACAAGGAACGGCUGGAGGGGGAGGUGGAGGCACUGAGAUCCAAAACCAACCUGGAAGUGCCACCGAACCGAACCGCCCUGGUGUACGACGAGCGUAUGGCGAAACACCGUUGCCUGGACGAGAGGGGCCACCCGGAGCGACCCGAGCGCAUACUCAAGCCCUGGCAGGUGUUGGAGAGGCGUGGACUGCUCAACCUUUGCCUCUUGCUUGACUCUCGGUCAGCCACCGUGGACGAGUUGCUGCUAGUUCACGACAAGAAGCAUGUGCAGAAGAUGCGCAGCUGCCAGGAGAUGGAGAGUGCCGAUCUGAUCAAGCUGCAGGAGAAGUACUGUUCAGUCUACCUCUGCCGUGUGAGUGAGCUGGGCCAGCUAGCUGGCACGUUAACGUACGUUUUCUUCAGCAUACUGGUGCUGGACUGGGACGUGCACCAUGGCAACGGAACGCAGCACGCCUUCUACGAUGACCCCCGGGUGCUGUACCUGUCGAUCCACCGGUACGACAAUGGCACAUAUUUCCCAUGCCUCCCAGAAGGAGACUUUGGAGCCGUUGGCGAAGGUGCUGGCCAAGGUUUCAACAUCAACGUGGCCUGGAAUCAAGAGGGGAUGUCGGACGGUGACUACCUGACGGCCUUCUUCCAACUGGUGUUGCCUGUUGCCUAUGCGUACAAUCCCGAACUAGUCCUGGUUUCCUGCGGCUUCGACAGUUGCGUCGGGGACCCGCUGGGAUACUGUCGGGUGACGGCCGAGGCAUACGCCCAGCUGACACACCUGCUGCUGCCCUUGGCUCGAGGCCGAGUCAUCCUCGCCCUUGAGGGCGGCUACAACCUGUCCAAGCUUCCUUCUGCUGUCUGCCACUGUGUCAGCGCUCUCCUGGGACAACGUCCACCUCAGCUGCGAUCCUCUGCCCCUUGUCCAAGUGCCGUGCAGUCCAUUAGGCGAACCCUGGGAGCCCACCGGAGUUACUGGCCCUGUCUCCGCUACUCUGGUUAUGACCUGCCAUCGGAGGAGUGGCUGGCAUCCAAUGGCCUUGUACCUGAUGGCGAGCCGUCAUUGAACAUGGCAGGCCUGAGCCUUGAGGACGACAACGAGGAGGCGCCGUUCUGUAUCCAACCAGAGACGUGGUGCCCACACCUGGAAAGCCUGCCCCCUCUGCCACCGGCGGGCCUGUGCGACCCCCGCAGCCCUUGCAUGACAUGCGGGGUGCGCCGUGAGGUCUGGACCUGCCUCCACUGCUUCAAGGUGUUCUGCAGUCGCUAUGUCAACGGCCAUAUGGUGACUCACCACGACGAAACGCAGCACCCUCUGGUGCUGAGCUACUCGGACCUGUCUGUCUGGUGCUACGGCUGCAACUUCUAUAUUACAAAUCCGGUCCUGCAGGCCGCCAAAGAAGAUGCCUACCUGAAGAAGUUCGGCACUAUUGAGUUUGUUGCGUGAUUGCUGAGAUUGUUGCGUGCAGUAAAUAUUUCUACCACUAA